AUGACGACACCUCGGUUAAUGCCCUUGAAUAUUUACUUUUCUUCUAUCAAUAAUGCGGUUGCACGUUCGAACAGCAUGGUAUUGGCAAAAUUUCUGUCGGUUCCCUGGGGAAAAGAACUAGGCGACGUCCUAAAUUUCGACGUUCCGGGAACUUAUUCUUCCGACGACAUUUUAGGACUUACAGUGCAGCGAUCCAUCAUUCUUCAGAAUUGGAGUGACUCUGUUUUGCUUCAUUUAAAGGUAUUACUUGCCUUAUGCCGUGAUCGAGACCCAGUUGCUGCAUUUCGUCUUCAAGUAGAUCUUGCUCAAAACAUAUUUCGUGAAUUCUCUUCAGGAAAUUGCACUGGUGUUCAUUUGCCAGUACUGUUCAUAAUCUGCAAAGACUUGCGGUUUCUUGCUAUUCAUGCUCAGAAUACUAUGUCUGUUCGCAAUCAACAAAUGAAACUCAUAUCCAAUGAUCCUGUACAAGAAAAUUCACACCUCGAACUAGCUACACGACUGCUUAACAGGGCUUUUACAAUAUGUAUCAAUGAUCGAGCACCGUUAGCUAUUUCACGUAAAUGGGGUGCUUAUUAUACCAUGGGUUUGUUGUUCAAGUUAUAUUUACGCUUAGACUGCGUUCAUUUGACGAACAAUGUCUUGCGAGCAAUGAAGGUUGUCGAACUGCCAGACAUUUCUCUGUUUCCCAAAUCUCAUAUUGUCAUUUUCCGUUACUACCUUGGUAUCGUGGCCUUUCUAAAUCAAAGCUACAAGAACGCAUCUGCAGAGUUGGAAACCGCAUUUUCCUUAUGUCACAAGCAUUAUAACCGUAAUUUAGAAUUAAUCCUUUCCUAUUGGAUCCCCACUCGAAUUCUAGUCUACCAUCAACUUCCCAGUCCUACAUUUUUGUCUAAAUACCCUUAUUUAAAAAACAUAUACGUUCCGUUAUGUCACGCCAUUAAGAAAGGAAAUCUUGGGGCUUUUGGUCAAUGUUUAAAGAAAAAUGAAUCUUUGCUAGCCAAGACAAAGACCUACUUGACUUUGGAAGGGACUAGAGAUUUAUGUUUGCGAAAUCUAUUUCGAAAAACAUGGAUCAUUCUUGAAAAAUCAACUCGGCUUCCCACAUCCGUCUUUCAAACCGCUUUAAAAGUUGCUGGAUCUGAUCUCGAUUUACUACACGUUGAGGCUAUUUUGGCAAACAUGGUUAGUAAAGGCUAUAUGCGUGGUUACGUUUCUCGUGACCGUAUGACUGUUGUUUUGUCUGCAAAAGAUCCAUUCCCAAAAAGAACUCCAUUGUAA